AUGCGAGGUUUUACAAUUGCAUGUAUACUUGAAAAUAAUUCUUCAGCAUCGUUAACAACGAAUAGUUUAAAACGAAAAAUAUCUGAUCUUAACGAAGAUAAUGAACAUCAAUUACAUAAACGACAAACAAUUGAAGCACCGGAAAUUUUAUCACCAUCAUCUGUUGUACCACUUCCAUCAUCAACAAAUAACAAUGAAAAUUUUAAUAAUAAAUUAUCAAGUAACGAUGAAGAACAUGAUUCAUCAGGUGAACAACAUAGUUCAGAUGACCGACCGAGGAAAGUACGACGUAGUCGAACAACAUUUUCAACGUAUCAAUUACAUCAAUUAGAACGUUCGUUCGAAAAAACACAAUAUCCUGAUGUAUUUACACGUGAAGAACUUGCUAUGAGACUGGAUUUAAGUGAAGCUCGCGUACAAGUCUGGUUUCAAAAUCGUCGUGCAAAAUGGCGUAAACGUGAAAAAGCACUCGGCCGCGAUAGUCCAAGUUUUAUAGCCCCACAUGAUAUUGAAUCAUUUCGUCAUCAAAUGUCAGCAUAUUUAUCCAAUGCAUUAACAGCAAAUGUGGGUGCAAACAAUUCUAAUAUUGAUCGUCCUUCACAAAUUGUACCGCCACCACCGCCACCACCACCACCGGCACAUUAUCUUCCAUUUCUAAUGGGUCACAUGGAUGAAAAUCUUCUAGCACGAUUACCUUCAAAUCAACAUCCACAUUUUAAUUUACUCUAUCACAAUAAUCAAGCCAUAUCUUCAUCAAAUCUAAAUAUUUCGUCUGUAUCUCCAUCAUCCAAUUCUUCGUCAUCCGAGUCCUAUUUAACAAAUCAAUUCGAUAGAUUUGAUAAUCAUCGGCGUGUCAAAUUAGAAAUGCAAGAUACCACCGCUUAA